GUUUUCAUACUUUAAGUUUUCUGUUUUCACUGGCGGGCACUUCAAACUCUGGAGGGAGUGUGGACUGUGAGUUAACGUACUGAGGCACUUGUGUCUCUGCUUUUCCCUUUUGCAUGUACUUAUUAGCUACCUAAUACUCUGCUGAGAAUUCAUAGUCGAUUAUAAAAAUUCAUGGAAGGUGGUCAGCCGAUUGCUGAAUAAUUAACGGCAGUAUGCAUUCAAGUUCAACAUCGGAUUCCGAUUAUGAAUAUCGCAAAAGAAAUAGUUAUUGUCUUAGUUGUCAAAGAAGGCCUAAAGCUUCUUUGAAGUUUAUAUUAACUAUAUGGUAUUCUCCGGAAACAAGUUCAGCUAUAGCUGAGGCUAUGUCUUCUGCUUAUACUGAAGUACAGUUACAGGAGAUUGUUUCCAGUUCAACCAAAGAUAUAUUACAACUAGCUGAGAAACACUUUGCGGAUCUUAGAAUAUAGUGUUUAUCUACUGGUUUGUUUUUUCCUUUCUUCAUACUCCUUCUCUUUUCCCUUCUUCUCUUUCGUCUUUUCCCUCACCCCCCUCCACUAUCUAUCAUCUUUGUUUGUUUUUCUGUUUCUUUUUGUCAAAUCAGAGUUUCGUGUUUUCACCCUAUUCAACAAGAUCAAAAUGUUCUUCAAUUAAUUCAUACUUUUAAAAAUUGUAUAUUUUGUUAAUUCAUGUCCGUUUUUUGUUUGUUUGUGCAUUCGUUGGCGCUUGAUUAAAAAAAUGAUUGUAUAAGUUAACUUAUGAGUGUGAGUAUUUGUGUACAUAGACUAUUUCUUCCAUCAGCGACAAUUAGCUCAGACGACGACAACAACAACAAGUGAUGCAGACAAUUUUUCGUAUAUCAAUAAGCAUAAACUAUAUCUCAUGUUCAUGAUAUAUAUGUGUGUGUAGCAGUAAGGGAAAUAAAUAAUCGAAUGUAUUGUUAUCUAUUCAUUUUGAUGAUGGGAUAAUAAAUAUACGUUUUUUGGGGAUAAAGUGUGUUAAUCAGUGUUUGUCAUUUCUUAAGAUUUGUUAAACUGUUUUCGCGUAUAGGAUGAAUAAAGGUUUUACUUUAGCACCAUUAUUUUAUCGAUUAUUUAAAUUAUAUUUAUGCUGGGGGGCGGGGUGAGGUGAGGAAUUGAUACUGCUGGGAUUUCAGUUUAUUCCACUACCACCUUCAUGCGUAGAUACAGCUUCUUUUGCUUUAUAUCAAACCAGAACUUGGAAUCAGUCCAUGAAAUCUUUGAUAGUUAGUCUUAGCCAAUGUAGGAAGGUGUGUGGACUGCUUGACUGGGUUCCUCGGGAUGCUAAUAUCCGGUGUAUGGAGACUACUAGUGAUAUGGCUCAAAACCGUUCUCAGUGGCACAAAUGUAUUUAUUCACUCUUUGGGAUUCCCCAUAUCCCUAAUGUUCUCCAUGUUACUGUUCUUUCUCCC